AUGCAUUACACCUUCCCAACAUGGCGCCGCCCUGUGAACGCGGGAACGCGCCACUUCCGGGUCAAGCCGCGAGGCUGGGGAGGGGGCGUGGAGAACCUGACCCUCACCUGCUUCAGGCCUUUGGUCCCCACCGUGCUCUGGACCACUCACAGCCACGCUGUCACCGCUGUCACCCCCCGUGGCAAACCCCAAAGCCUGUGCCCGCAGGUGACCGCCACACCCAUCCCCACCGACCUGGGGACCCGCGCGGGCUGGGCCGGGCUCCUGGCCAGAUUCAGCCCACCUGGAAUGUCCCGCUGUCCCGGCCCCCGUGGCAGCUGCCAUAAAAAGCUCUCCUGGCUGGCUGGGAAGCAGGACCCAGAUCCAGGAGCCGGGAUGGGGCCGCGCCGAGCGCCGCAGCUGCUGCUGCUGCUGGCUUUGGGGCUGGCCGGAGCCUCCACACCGGGGCCAGGCGGGUCCACAGCAGCAGGGGACGGACGGGAAGGAACCUCGCCGUCCUCACCGGGGGCCCUGAGCUAUGGGGACGUGGUGGCAGCGGCUGUGGCGCUGCUCAACGCCAGGGCUGUCAGUCCCUACGUCCUGCGGCUGCGGGAGGCUCAGCCCCGGCCCGGCUGGCCCUCAGACCUGCAGGGCCGGCAGGAGCUGAGCUUCACCCUGGAGGAAACGACGUGCAGGACACCAGGAACGGCCAAUGGCACCUGCAGGAGCCGCUGGCUCGGGGUGGUGACCUGGUGCCAGGGCUCUGUUUUCCUGGAGGGGCAGCAGCCCACGGUGGAGCUCUCCUGUGAGAAAGCUCCAGCCACGCUGGGCCGGAUCUGGAAAUCCAAGAUCAAGGAUUUCUUUGGCAAGGUCAAGCUGCGUUUCCAAUCCUUCUUCCAGUGCGGCCGGAUUUGGAUCCGGGACAGGCUCAACAUCAAGGCGCCCAAACCCUGAGGGGUGACACUGCUGUGUCCCCGCCCUGUGUCCCCUCCCUUUGUCCACUGCCCGGCUGUCUCACUGCCAGUAAAGGU